AUGGUGGAGGAACAGAAGAUAACGUUAGAAACAGAAUCUCCUGGUCCGGCAACGGUUCCAGCGGAGGUUGCAAAAGAUGUUAACGAGGAGAAAAUUCAAUACCCACAUGUGCAACAAGAUUCUGAUGACUCCGAAGCCCUUGCCAUUGUCGAGAAAACUGUAGAGCCUGCACCAAAGAAAUCGUCAUCUGGUUCACAAGAUAGAGAUGUUAAGCUAGCUGACUUGUCAAAGGAGAAGAAAUUAUCUUUUGCCAAAGCAUGGGAAGAUAGAGAAAAGAGCAAGGCAGAGAAUAAAGCUGAGAAGAAUAUCUCUGAUGUUCUUGCUUGGGAAAACAACAAGAAAGCAGUUGUUGAAUCCCAACAAAAGAAAUUUGAGGAGCAACUUCUGAAUAAGAAAGCAGAGCAUGCAGAGAAGAUGAACAACAAGGUUGCGGCUAUUCACAAGGAAGCAGAAGAGAGGAGAGCAAUGGUAGAAGCUAAAUUUGGAGAAGACAUUCUUAAUGCUGAAGAAACGGCUGCUAAGUACAGAGCCACUGGUAUUGUCCCAAAGACAACCUGGGGAUGUUUCUGA